AAUGAGGCCAGCGUAUUCCUUAACCACAGCCUCACUUGCGAUCAGUCCAGGGCCACAUCAACUGCCAAUCACGCUAUUUACGCUGAACACGCCCAAUACGCCCUAAGUUACAUGCCGCUAAAGAAAGCUGCAUGUUGAAAGACGCCAUUUACGCGUCCUUCCAAAGAGACAGAUGCUAUCAAAUUCAGUAUUGAGAAUGAUAGGCAAAAUAUAUAAAGGGGUGAAUGGCGUAUGUGAUGUGCUGAGUGAAAGGUGUAUCUUCACCGCAACACUUUGAUAUUUUAUCCCCGUUUUUUAACUUUGUUCGCCAAUCAAUCAUGGCUUCCACUACCUUUAAGCAGUAUUGGCUACCAGAGAAAAAAGGCUUCGACUCUCUGCAACUUAGAGCUGUUCCAAAGGAAUCACCCCAGCUUGGUCAGAUCUUGGUCCGCAUCAAAGCUGUCUCGUUGAACUGGAGAGACGGUAUCGUAGCCAUCGGCACUUACCCGUUUCCCGGCCCCGAUGCCUUAGUUCCUGGAAGUGAUGGUGCUGGCAUCGUUGAAGCGGUCGGGGAGGGUGUGACCGAAUGGAAAGUGGGUGAUCGUGUGGUCGCCAACUUCACCCAAGAACACAUCGCGGGUCGUCUCACUCGAGAUGUCGGCCUGACCCAGCUGGGUGGCGAAACGCAGGGCCUUCUCGGGGAGUACUUCAUCUUUCCUAAGACGGGCGUGGUCAAGAUCCCGGACUACUUAUCCUUUGAAGAGGCUUCUUGUCUUCCAUGUGCCGCUUUGACGGCUUGGAACGCCUUGUAUGGCCUGACACCUCUCCGACCUGGCCAGACCGUUCUUCUGCAAGGUACCGGAGGCGUUUCCACCUUUGCAUUGCAGAUAGCACACGCCGCUGGAGCCAAGACCAUUGUGACUUCAUCAUCCGACGAUAAACUGGCCAAAGCAAAAGCUCUCGGUGCAACGUGUGGAAUAAACUACAACAAGUCUCCCGACUGGGCUGCGGAAGCCAUGAAGAUCACCAAUGGCAAGGGAGUCGAUCACAUCAUUGAGAUCGGAGGAACCUUGACUCUUCAAGCAUCUUUCGAUGCGAUCGGAUUCAAUGGGCAGAUUCAUUGCAUUGGACACAUCACCAAUCCUGAUCCAUUGGGUGCGGGUAAAGACCUUCGAGGUCCUGAUGCAGCUUUCCUCGCGUUAGACCGUCUCUGUAUUGUUCGAGGUGUCGUGGUGGGAUCCCGAGAGCAGCUGCAAGAUAUGCUGGAAUGUUUUGAGACGAACGAGAUUCGACCAGUUAUUGACCGCGUGUUUUCUUUUGAGAAGGCUAGGGAGGCGUAUGAUCACCUUUGGUGCUCCACGCACACCGGAAAGGUUGUUAUUCAGGUUCCAUAGACGAUUGGAGCAGUAGCUCUCUGUUG